AUGGCCGGACACUAUGGCGGGCAACCAUACGCCGCUCAGUAUGGCGAGCAGUAUGUAACCAACCCGUACACUCACGAAGAACCCGAAGAAAUGGUCGAGUUGAGCAGCCCUCGAGCUUAUCGGAGCCCCAGAGGCGUGGACCAGCACGAAAACAACUUCGACUUUCAGUUUCAAGAACAUCCUUCUCCGAGGCCAGCCGUGAUCCCGUAUAGACCGGGCUUGGGACACAACCCGCCAGACUAUACUUCGUCGCCAGGUCUUUUCCCCACGCCUCGCACAUCCUAUGGCCCUGAAUCGUUUGCGAAUACGCCGUAUGACUCUCGCUCGGCUUCUCCUACCUUGUAUCACCACUCGCAAGUCCAAAGCUCUGCAAGUCUCGGUCGUGCUCCUCUCGUGAGCGCCCCGGCCUCGCCAGGCUUCUCAAAGGAUUGGAUUCAGUCGGGAUCCAUUGCUCGCAUCAGUGAUCGCGACGAUAUCGAUAUCUGGAAGGGCUGGAAGCGAAUCGUAUUCAAGUUCACCCCGCUCCUGACCUUUGCCAACACCGGACUCUACUUGUUCUACCUGGGCCUGCGAAUCUACUGCAUUGUUUCGGCUCAGAAUGCUGCCGGUGUCAGUUAUGCUGGAGCAUGGGUAUUCGUUGCCAUUGAGAUUGCCGUUAUGAUUCCUUCUCUCAUGCACAACUGCUGGACCAUGAUGGCCAUGAAGAAGCGCGGCCGCCCCAAGUUGCGAUUGACCGGCGAUGACUGCCCGACUGUGGAUGUAUUUAUUACCUGCUGCGGUGAAGAAGACGAGGUCGUUCUCGAUACCGUCCGUGGUGCCAUUGAUCAAGACUACCCCUUCGACCGGUUCCGAGUGAUCGUCCUCGAUGACGGCAGAUCCGCAUCUCUGGAGGAUUCCGUCAACAAUCUGGCCAUCACCCACCCGAAUGUCUACUACAUGGCUCGCGAGAAAAUCCCCGGCAAGCCUCACCACUUCAAGGCUGGUAACCUCAACUACGGUUUAGACCAGACACUCGCACUGCCUGGUGGAGCCGGCCAGUUCAUGGCCGCUCUGGAUGCGGACAUGAUCCCCGAGCAACAGUGGUUGCGCGCCAUUCUCCCGCACUUGUUGGUGGAUCCUAAGAUGGCCCUUGCAUGCCCACCCCAGCUUUUCUACAACACCCCUGCGUCGGACCCUCUCGCCCAAAGUCUGGACUUCUUCGUUCAUGUCAUCGAGCCGAUCAAGGACGCGCUCGGCGUCGCCUGGUGUACCGGUUCUGGCUACGUUGUUCGCCGCGAGGCUCUCGACCAGAUUGGCAAUUUCCCCCUGGGCUCGUUGGCCGAGGAUGUCGCGACUUCGACUUUGAUGCUUGGUAAGGGAUGGAAGACUGCAUACAUCCACGAGCCGCUGCAGUUUGGAACCGUCCCUGAAGAUUAUGGUGGUCACUUGAAACAGCGUACUCGCUGGGCUAUCGGUACCGUGGACACGGCCUUUAAGUUGAAGUUCUGUCUGUGGGGUGAUGCCGUCCGUAAGAUGACAAUUGCCCAGCGGUUCUCUGGUUUCUUGUACGCGACGCUGAGCUUGUACACUCUUCUGCUCACCGCGUCGCUUUUCGCUAUUCCCAUCAUUCUCUUGUGGGGCAAGCAGCUCGUCGCGUACGCGAACCAGGACCAGCUUCACUGGUUGAUCUGGGCUUGUUUCGCGUCGACACUCGCUAAUCGUCUUUGUGAAUUUGCACUGUUUAUUCCUGCUGGUUAUCACACCGGCCAGCGUGGCUCUCGCUAUCAGCUCUGGAUGUCCCCAUACAUCGCCCUCUGCAUUGUCCGCUCCUUCAUCCUACCCUCCUGGCUCGGUGGCCAAGCUCAGGCCUUCAAGCCAACCGGUUCCCUCGGAUCCGCUUUGAACGAACGCGACCCCAAGCAACGGAAGAACCUAUUCGUCCGCCUACGCGUGAUCCUGUUCAACUUCAUGGCCCUCUUCCACUUUGCCUUCGUCUACGUGACCCUGGUAGCAGUUGUCAUCUCGACAUACCGCUGUUUCGCAAUCGAGCACAGCUUCAAGGGUGUCGUCAUUUGCCUAAUUACUCACGCUUUCUGGCCUCCUCUCACUUUCCUUUUCAUUUGCACUUCGCUGUGGACACCUGUCUCAUACGCGAUUGAUCCCCCAUCGAUGCCGGAGCGCGAGGAAUUGUUGACCCGGGACCCGAAGACGGGCGUUGCGCACCCGACGAAGAAGAGCAAGAAGAUUGCAUUUGGUGGACAGGCUGCAUGGUUUGAAUUGGAGUAUACGGUUGCCACUGUUGCCACUAUUUUGAUUUUUGUUUACUCCUUUUUCUUCUAG